GGUCUAUGCCUGAAACUCGGGGUACUAUUAUUUAUUCUGUGGUAACACCGUCCCUAAUGUCACUUUUGGAAAAGCUGUUUGUGAUGUUUGUCGUUAAACAAAAUAUUGCAAUGCUUUAAUAAGUUUUUCAAGAUGUAUUACUUUUGCGCAAUAUGUAUGAUCAAUACCGAAACCCUAUUAGAUUUAAACCCCAAAUGCCGUCGUCUUUUUGAAGGGAUGGUAUCUCCAUAUAUAGAAGUUACGGAGUGUUUAAAGUACUGCCGUAUCCUGCUAUGCCGGGACUGCAACCGGCUGCUCUGCAGCAUGCUGAUGUUUCAGCAGACCGUGGUCAAAGGAGUGACGAACCUGAUUGCUCUCUACAAACGUUCCAACAUGAUAUACCACAAUCUGCCGGAUGUCAUCAACGCUAACACAGACGUCAUGUUGCCAGUGGUCAACGAGGAGGUCGUCUGCACUACAAAUAGUAUUUUUACCAAACAGCCAGCCAAAGGCGCACCGAGACGGACAGCUCAUAUGUAUGACUUUUCAAAACCUUCAAUACGUAGUAAUAUGCCCAUUCCAAAAACGAUUAAACGAACACCUCCAGUUCUGAUACUCAGAAAGCGUUUGCUAGAGACCAAUAAAACCCCGCCCAGAAAAAGAAAAAGACAAAAUAAGACUGCCGAGCGUAAGGAACAAGAUUUGGAUUCGACGUUGUCUUUUGACUCGGAUUGCUGUUUCUCGGGCGAUCCGGGGUAUGUGCGGCUGGUGGCUACGGAGCAGAUGGACCAUGAAUACAUUAAUACUAAUACGAAUGAUAUGGCUGUUCUAGUCCCUAUUCAAGAUACAAGAGACGAAAGAGAAUCAACAAACACGAAUACGUCAAGCGAAGUGAAGAAGAAACUUAAUCGAGACUUAUAUCAAGCGGUACAACUUGCUGUGGAGUCGCGCUCCAUGUCAGACUUCGACAUCGACCAAUACGAGCCCGAGUCUGACCUUGACCACGCAUUCGAGUCCGGACCCGAGUCACAUCACGACCUAAAGUCGCCACAUCACGACUCGAAGUCGUCACAUCACGACUUAAACUCGCCACAUCAUAAUUCGAAGUCGUCAUAUCACGACUUUAACACGUCACAUCACGAAUCGAAGUCGCCACAUCACGACAUAAACUCGCCACAUCACGAAUCGAAGCAGUCACAUUACAUCUCGAAGUCGUCACAUAACGACUUAAACUCGUCACAUAACGACUUAAACUCGUCACAUCACGCCUCAAAGUCAUCGCAUCACGACUCAAACACGUCACAUUACGAAACGAACUCGUCACAUCACGUCUUAAACUCGCCACCUGACCACUCGAAGUCGACACAUCACGACUCGAAGUUGACGCUCAGCUGCGAGUCCGAUUACGAGGACGCGGAGCAUUACCCCAACAUCAUGCUUGCAAAGGUGUUCAGUGGGGUUACGAAGAGAGAGGUGUCGGAGGAUAUACAGAAAAAAUUGCACCUCACAAGAAGAAAGUCGUCAAAUCACGACUUAAACUCGCCACAUUACAAGUCGAAGUCGUCACAUCACGACUUGAAGUUGUCACAUUACGACUUAAACUCGCCCCAUCACGAAACGAAUUCGUCACAUCACGACUUAAACUCGCCACGUCUCGGCUCGAAGUCGUCACAUCAAGAGUCGAAGUCGUCAAAUCACGACUCGAAGUCGUCACAUCACGACUUAGAGUCGUCUCCCAACUCGGAGUUGACGCUCAGCUGCGAGUCCGAUUACGAGGACGCGGAGAACUACCCCAACAUCAUGCUUGCCAAGGCGUUCAGUGGGGUUACGGAGGGAGAGGUGUCGGAGGAUAUACAGAAAACAGCGCACCUCGUUCUGGACCCGCCGAGCGAGUGGCCGUGCACAGUGGACCGCUGUUACGGACACACACAACACACCGAUAGCAGCGACUCUGACGUGAUUGCAGAUGAAGACACCAGGUUAGUGUCAUAAAUGGAUCCAUUUUGUACAGGUUUGAACCCGCCGAGCGAGUUUCUGUGCAUGGUGGACCGCUGUUACGGACACACACAACACACCGAUAGCAGCGACUCUGACGUGAUUGCAGAUGAAGACACCAGGUUAGUGUCAUAAAUGGAUCCAUUUUGUACAGGUUUGAAC